AUGACGGAAAAUUUUGUUAUUGUUAAAUAUAAUUUUGAGGCAACUGGACCAAAUGAGUUAAGUAUAAGAAAAAAUCAGAGACUAAGAUUAAUUGAUGAUUCUAAAGAUUGGUGGAAGGUACAAGAUGAAAAUAAUGCAACAGGAUUUGUUCCAUCAAAUUAUGUUCGUCGUGAAAAAGGAAAUAAUUCAGAUGACAUAUUAAUGAGUAAAAAUUCAACUCUCAGAGGUUUGAUAGAGGAUAAAAAUAGCAAUCAUAGUAGUACGAGUAUAAAAUCUUCAAAUGAUUCUAAUAAUUUGUUACAACAUUCAGGAAAAUAUAUUGAAAAGAAUAAUAUACUUUCUUCUAUGAUUACAGUUGAUAGUUGUAAAAUAUCAUGUGGAAUAGCAUUAUAUCCUUAUGAACCACAAAGAGAUGAUGAAUUAAAAUUAUCUAAGAAUGAUUAUGUAGAAAUUUUAGAAAAAAGUCAAGAUGGUUGGUGGAAAGGAAGAUGUGGUAAUGCAAUAGGGUGGUUUCCAUCAAAUUAUAUUGAUGAACAAGAAAGGAUACCAACAAUUUCAGGAAAUGAAAAAAUACUAGAAAUAGUUGAAGCUUUGUAUAAUUUUAACGCACAAAAUGAGGAAGAAUUAUCAUUCGAUAAAGGUGAAUUAUUAGAAAUAUUAGAUCAUCCUGAACAUGAUCCUGAAUGGUGGUUGGCUAGAAAUAGUAGAAAUAAAACAGGAUUAGUUCCUAUAAAUUAUAUAAAAGUAAAAGAAGCUUAUCCUAAAGGAAGCUUAUUUAACUUUUCGGGUCUGGAACAUAAAUUAUUAAAUCAAAUAAAAAGUGAUACAUUAUUAAAAUCUGGCAAUCUUUCAUAUUAUUACGGAAAAAUUUCCCGUGAAGUUGCUGAAAAUCAUCUUAAUUCAAGAGGAGUGGAAGGUGAUUUUUUGGUACGUGAUUCUGAGUCAAAUCCAGGAGAUUAUUCUAUAAGUUUAAAAGGAAAUAAAAGAAAUAAACAUUUUUGGAUUCAAGUUGACAAAUUAUCUAAUACAUAUAAAAUUGGACAAAGAACAUUUUUAUCAAUGGAAUUAUUAAUAGAACAUUAUAAAUUACAUCCAAUAUUUAGUUCAGAAACAACAAAUGAAAAAUUAUUCCUUAUUAAACCGUUACCCAAGGAAAUUUAA